AUGGUGCCAUUCCAAUUGCAAACAUGUGUCUACAUCCCAGUAUUCAUCCUCACCAUUAUAGUAGUGGUACGACAAGGCUUCCAGAAGCAGCUCGGAUGGAUCUACCUAGCAAUCCUCUGUGCGAUUCGUCUUGUUGGCGCCGGAUUCCGGAUUGAGAGCGUCCAUAAUCCCACAAACAAGACCGAUAUUGAAUGGUCAGCGAUUUUACAGUCUGUUGGGCUGAGUCGUCUCCUGAUGGCAAGCAUGGGCCUGUUGAAGCGAAUAAAAGACACCGAGAUUGGGGUUAUGAUCUUCCUCGUCAUUUACCUCCUCCUAUCACCACUGAUUGUAAUCACCUUGAGAGAUGUUGGGACUGCCCCGAGAGGGGAGAGACGGAUCUACUUUGCUGUCCUCGGAGCUAUCCCUCUACUUGGUGUCCGGCUUCUCCGGAGUCUGCUAGCCGCAUUUUCGAAUAAUUCGACUUUCUCAAUCACUGGUGGCAAACCCUCAGUCCAACUGUUCAUGGCUACGUUGAAGGAGUUUGUGAUUGUUGUUUUCUAUACACCGGCAGGUCUUACGGUGGCGUACUGA